CUGAAAGUGAAAACCGUAGCUGGGAACUUUCCGUUUUCUUCCUCCGCAGGCUGCUGUGUGUGCUGUGUACGGCGUUGUGCGUGUGUGGUUGUUUCCUUUGGUGGAGCACUUGCUGUGUAUUGUGUACUGUGUAUGGACAUGUAUGUGGCGUGUAACCUGCUGAAGUUAUUCCGUGUACCAUUGUUUGCAUGUCGCGUUGCUGUGAGCGGUAUAUAGCGGUAUAUUCUAUUAUUGUGUACUGCCGAUAUGAAGACCAUGGGACUUUUGCAUCUGGGCUUCAUCCUGACUCUACACAGUGAGCAAAACUGAGGGGGCUGUUUAAGGGGUGUCGUGUUGUGGGGCGCCGCUGUGCCCCACUUGCAGUAUGCUGCGGACAUUUUGCUCCCCUGUGACUACGCACUGCUGGAUUCUAGCAUGGGGGGGAUGGGGUUUACAAGGCAAAGCGUGACGCUGGUCCUGCAGAACGUGACGGUGAUGGGAGAGGAGCCGGCGGACCCUCUGCCAAAUUAUCAUCCUUCCGAGAACCCGGAGAUGACUGUUUUCCUGGCCACAGCCGACCUUGCCCCGCUCUCGUUUGCAGAACGCUUGCUGCAUGUGGAGUGUGAGGGAGAAGAGGUUGAAUGUGAGAUCUCGCCAAUCCAUUCCCAGUUAUUUACCGCUCACAUCCGACUACCGGAGCUCAGCAUUGCCGUCAUGGCCAGAGCGACGGUACCCAUUGAUAGACCAGACGAGCUGGCCAAUGACAAGACUGUGGUGCCCAUGACAGUGGACUUUCUUGUAUCAUCCUCUCCGCCAUCACAGAAGCGCUCCCUCACCGACAAAGUGGCAUUAAAUUGUGACGUAUGGAGUGGCACUGAAGUAAGCGUGAACUGGCAUCUACAGAAGGAUGGCACUGGGCACAGAUUAAACCUUGAGGACUCCCGGAUCACUUUACAACAGGAGACACAGGAGAAGAAGGUAGCCUCGUCUCUCACUAUAAGACAACUCCAUGUCCACGAUGAGGGCACCUAUAUUUGUGCCGUGACUUCUGGACAACACAAAUUACAGCAAAUUCUCCAGCUACAGAUCAGAGAGCCUCCUCAGGUUACAGUUUCUGUGAGUGCAGACCCAAAGACCACUGUGACUUGCCGCACUGACCGCUACUACCCGUUGGACGUGGAGGUGACCUGGCUGCUGAACGGCUCUCCAUUAACCGACAUCUCCCCAAUAACCUCCAGUCAUCGCAAAAAUAAUGACGGGACCUACAGCUUGAGCAACUUCCUCCAAGUUCCAGUCCCUCAGACCGGCGCUUCUCAUGAUACUUAUACCUGUGCCGUGUCACACGUCUCAUUAACUGAUCCAAUAAUGGUUGAGGUCAAUGUUCUUCCUGAACAAGCCGAUGUGUCUCAUACUAUUAUUCUCACCAUCAUGUUCACCAUCAUCUUGAUCCUCACCCUCAUCACCGCUCUAUUUCUAUGGAAAAAAAUCCAAAGAGAGGAGAAGAAAAAAGCUUAAUAAUGGCCACAAUCCAACAAGGACUGGAAUGGAAACAAAUGUCUUUUGUAUAUAUUGAUGGGAAUGUGGAAGUGAAGCUCCACCUUUGCCUUAUAUUGGCGCUGCAGUCGGCUAAUGUAAUAUCCACAUAUUUGUAAUUUAUUUUCAUCUGUGUAAGUAUUGUAUUGGGAAACCAUCAAUAAGCAGGUUAGCUGGUUCUAAAAGAUCACAUUAUGCCCAUCAAAGUCAACCUUCCUAAAACCUAAUGAAACCCAGGAAUAAAUACAGACCCACCUUAAAAUGUUAAAAUAGACAAGUCACUAAAGUCAGAAGACAUACACCCCUGUGUUCUUAGGGAACUAAGUACAGAGGUAGACAAGCUAUCAUUUCUAAUAUUUAAAGAGAUUUUGUCAGUUUUGACUAUACUAAACUAACAACAGCACUAAACAGGGGCUGGAGAGAACAGCACAAAUAUAGCAUUUGUGGAGCUUUUAUUAUCAGAAGUAGGCUGAAUAUGAAGUUUUAUUCUGCCAAGUUCUGCUCGUUAAGUGCACUGUAGGCGGAGCUUCACUGUGAAUUCCUCUCUGUAUUAAGCUACCAACCCUCUGCUCUGACAGCUUUAGCAUCCAAUCAGAAGACCACUACAGCUGUCACUCAGAACACAAUUUGGCAGAAUAAAACUUAAUAGUCACACUACUCCUGAUAAUAAAAGCUUCACAAACAGUAUGUUUGUCAUGCUGUUGUCACAUCCUUACCUGUCUGUGCUAGAGUGGUGAGACCGACCUCUGUGUUGCAGCGCAGCCUGGGUAAUUCUGUUGCUGUGGCAACCAGCCUGUCUUACAGAGACGGGUUGGUCGGCCUAGCAGGAAGCAGUUGCCAAUCAGGUGCCAGCAUCACAUGGUUCCUGUCGGUGGGAGAUUUAAACAGGUAAGAGGUGCCUGUUAUUGAUCUUCAUUGCUACAAUAGCACUUGUACAUUUUGGAACUCCUAGAUCCUGACUUCUGCUUUGACUCUGACCUUUCCUCUGACUGCUGAUUAUAUUUCUGACGUUACCGCCUGGUAUUGUCUAUGGUAUAUCCUUUGGUUCUGUCUUUGUCAUUUGUGACUG